UGCUGGAGGUACUGAGUGCGUUGGCGGGGUCAAUCCCCAGGAUGAUGCGAUCCACGCUGGCUCAGAACUACCCCCGCAGUGGCUUCCCACUGGAAGUGUCUACCCCGUUGGGUCAGGGCCGUGUGAACCAGCUCGGAGGAGUUUUUAUAAACGGCAGACCUUUGCCCAACCACAUCCGACAUAAGAUCGUGGAGAUGGCGCACCACGGAGUCCGGCCGUGCGUAAUCUCCCGGCAGCUGCGCGUCUCUCACGGCUGCGUCUCCAAGAUCCUGUGCCGGUACCAGGAGACCGGCUCCAUCCGGCCCGGGGCCAUCGGGGGCAGCAAACCCAAGCAGGGGACCACGCCGGACGUAGACAAGAGAAUAGAAGAUUACAAGCGGGAAAACCCGGGUAUGUUUAGCUGGGAGAUUCGGGAUAAAUUACUGAAGGAUGGGAUAUGUGACCGCAACACCGUGCCUUCAGUGAGCUCCAUCAGUCGCACCAUGCGGAGUAAGUUCGGGGGGAAAGGCGACGAGGAGGAGGAUGAGGAGGAGCUGGAGAGGAAGGAGCUGGAGGAGAGCGACCGGAGGGCCAAACACAGCAUCGAGGGCAUCUUAGGAGACAGAUCGAGUCACUCAGACGAGGGUUCGGACGUGGAGUCGGAGCCGGAUCUCCCCCUGAAGAGGAAGCAGCGCCGCAGCCGCACCACCUUCACCGCGGAGCAGCUGGAGGAGCUGGAGCGGGCCUUCGAGAGGACGCACUACCCCGACAUCUACACCCGGGAGGAGCUGGCUCAGAGGGCCAAACUCACCGAGGCCAGGGUCCAGGUGUGGUUCAGCAACAGGCGGGCGAGGUGGAGGAAGCAGGCGGGAGCCAGUCAGCUGAUGGCGUUUAACCACCUGAUCCCUGGGGGCUUCCCUCCCUCCGCCAUGUCCAGCUACCAGCUCUCUGACAGCGGAUACCCCUCAUCCAUAGCACAAGUGUCGGAGCCCCCCAGCACGCUGCACCGACCCCAGCCUCUGCCCCCCUCCUCGGGUCACCAGGGGUCAGGGGUCGGAGGUCAGGUUGAAGGAGGCUCUCCGUACUGCCUGGCCUCCGGACGACACUCCUUCUCCGGGUACUCGGACGGCUUCGUGAGCGCAGGAGGACCGGCCAACAGCAUGAACCCCUCCUUAGGAAACGGACUCUCUCCACAGGUGAUGGGUCUUUUGAACCCAGGAGGAGUGCCUCAUCAGCCCCAGAGCGACUACGCCAUCUCCCCUCUGACGGGAGGCCUGGAGCCCGGCAUGUCGGCCAGCUGCAGUCAGCGCAUGGAUCACAUUAAGGGUCUGGAGGGUCUCACCAGCGUUCCCAACAUGGCGGCGCUGCCCUCGCUGCCCAGCUCCCAGUCCUACUGCCCUGCCUCCUACAGCUCCCCGGGGUACACCGUGGACCACAUGGCGUCAUACCAGUACGGCCAGUACGGACAAAGUGCCCUUUCUUAUCUGAGGCCUGAAAUCACCUGAUCCAGAGCUCCAGACUUCACACAGGGACAUUUAUGUGUACAGCGAUGGGAAUCUUUUAAAAUCUGGACCAAAUUUUUAUUUUGCUACUAUUUACCAGGACACUUUUCUUUACUAAAGGACUUUAUAUUUUUUAAUUCUUGUUGGAGAAAUGGACAAAAAAAAAAGAAGGGACCACGAGAAGGAAUAUCAGACCAAAAACUGUUGACUGAUUUCGAACAAAAACUAUUCAUUGACGGCG